CGCGCGUGUCUGUGUCUCGCUUCGUGCCCGCCGCGGGGGGGGCGGGAAAUGGGGGCGGUGUCCGGUACCGGCGGGGGAGCCGCACGCGCCCCGCCCCGCCGCCAUCCCAUUGGCCGCUGGCGUCACGUGCAAGCCCCUUCCCGAGGGCGGUGACCGGCACCGGAGAAAGUUACCGGCGGGACCGCGGCACCAGGUGGCUCCGGGCCGUGCCCAUGGCGGAGAAACUGGAGCCCCGGGACUCGGAGAGCAGCAGCCGGGAGCCGGCGGGCAGCGAGGGGCUGCCCGUGGAGACGCUGGGUCCGGAGCUGGAGCCGGAGGAGGAGGAUGAAGAUGAAGGCAGCAGGGACCCCGUCGCAGCAGUGGCCGUCGAGGCCGCAGCCGUUUCCCUCAUCCCUGCGGGGCUUGGACCGAGAGGGGACCCGGGGCCCGGGCUCCUGCCAGGGGAACGCGAGACCCCGCAGCACCCGGAAGGGCACCAGGAGCCCGGGACCGAACCCCCUCUGGACGGCUCCGCAGAGCCCGGUGGUGACGAGCAGAAAGAGCCCGAUGCCGGGGCUGACCCCCCCGCUGCAGGUCAGGCCCUGCGGGGGCCGGGCAGGGGGGGCCGUGCUGAGGGGCAGCCCCUCCCUGGAGGUGCCCGUCCCUCCCCAGAGCCACCAGCGGAGGAAGGGACCUGCACCAGCAGCGAUGAUGAUGUGGAGGGGCUGCGGCGACGGUGGGGCCACGAGCCCUGUCCUGGGGCACCCCCUCCCGUGCCAGCCUUGCACCGGGGGACUCCGGGCACCAGGGACGAGGACGGGCUCAGCAUGAGCAAGUACCUGCUGGGGGCUGUGGCGCUGGUGGCCGUGGGGCUGCUGAUUGUGUCUGGUGGCAUCUAUGACCCAGCAGAUGACCCCACAGAGCACAUGGUGAAUCGGGAUGUGGCGGCCGGGGAGCAGGAACCGCUGCUGCCCAUUGACAGCAAUGCCUCACAGAAGAAGCUGCCACCAUCGGGUGCUGGGGACCUGCAGAGCCCGCAGUCCCUGAGCCUGCUUCUGGACAAGCUGGCGAAGGAGAACCAGGAGAUCCGGCUCAUGCAGGCAGAGCUGCAGGCCCACAAGGAAGAGCUGCAGGUGCUGCUGCACAAGAGUGAGGGCAAAGUGGCGGUGGCCGGGGCACAGCAGCAGAGCCUGGAGGCAGAGAAUGCGCAGCUCCGGGCGGCGCUGGAGCGGGAAGCAGCCAUGCUGCGGGAGGCCCGGGCUGAGCUGCAGCGCCUGCGGGAGGCUGCAACACCGGAGCAGCCCCCCGGCCCCAGUGGGGACGCGGCGUGGCGUGAGGGCCCGCGGUUGGCGUCGGUGCGGCGGGAGCUUGCAGGGGCCCUGGAGCGGGCACGAGGCACUGGGGGGCUCGAGGCGCUGGUGGCGGAGCUGAGCGCCCUGGAGCAGCGCCUGAGCCGGGAGCUGGAGUCAGGGGGGGCCUGGAAGAAGCGGUUCAAGGCAGAGAAGGAGAGCAAGCGGCCCGGUGCCGACGAGCACAAGAGGAGGGGGCACGGCAAACCCUAUGGGCGCAGCAAGGACACCCGGUUCCCCCGGGAGUACAAGCAGGGCAAAGCCUGGGGGAAGCCGUCUCAGGUCCCCCCCUUCAGCCAGUACCGGGCACCCCAGGGCUGCGUUGGGGUGGCCGAAUGCGCCCGCAAGGAGGGCCGGGAGGUGCUGGGGGCCGCGCUGGAUCCGGUGCAGAAGAGCCAGUUCCUGCAGCUCCUGGAGGGGUUCAUGGGGCGGCUGGGCUGGGGGCAGCACUUUGAGGGAGUGGCGGCGCAGCUGGACGGGGCCUUCGGACCUGAUGGGGCCUUUGCCCACGACCGCCUGCGCUUCACCGACUUCGUGGAGGAGGUGGAGGAGAUGCUGGAGGCAUUGGCGCGGCGCGAGCGGGGCGGCAAGGACGCGGCCGAUGGCUUCGAGGAGUUUGUGCUGAGCCACUACCGCGGGCUGGGCCCCGAUGUCUGCACCGUGCUGCGCCUCUCCGGACCCCUCAAGGAGCAGUAUGCCAAGGAGCAUGGCCUGGACUUCCAGCGGCUUCUGGACGCCAGUGCCUACAAGGAGAUGUUCCGGCAGGACAUGAUUCACUGGGGCGAGGAGAAGCGCCACGCCGACCCCGGCUUCUUCUGCAGGGCAGCGGUGGAGGGAGCGGCGCAGCCGGUGUGGGUGGUGAGCGACACGCGGCGCCUCUCGGACGUGGAGUGGUUCCGGGAUGUCUACGGUGAUGUGGUGCAGACUGUGCGGGUCGUGGCCACUGAGGAGACGAGGAAGAGGAGGAACUGGGUCUUCGUUGCUGGGGUGGAUGACGCCGAGUCAGAGUGUGGCCUGGACCAGGGAGUGAGCUUCGACUGGGUGAUCACCAAUGAUGGGGAUGAGCUGUCCCUGGACCAGCAGCUGGAGAUGCUCCUGCAGGCGGUCUGCAGCCGCCUGUAGCUGUGGCCUCUCUCCCAGUGCUGGGGGGUGCCCCAGAUCCCCCCUUGUGCCUGUGCUGGAAGUAAAGCUCUGACACCGAGAGCCGAUGCCA